AUGCCUUUUACUGCUUUAUACCUCUUAAUAAAGUUACUUAGGCCUAACUGCUAUAAGUGCAUAAGUAAUUAUCUCUUAUAUUUUUAUAAAAAUAAGUUAAAGUAUAAAAUAUUAAGUAUACUAUAUAAGAAGUUCUUUUUUAUUAACUAUAUUUACUAUAUCUUUAUUAUUAUAACUAAGGAAGUUAAAGGGGGGUAUAUUAAGAUAGAAGUAUUUAACUAA